CCACUACGUACCAGGCAUACGUCGUAUAGUUGAAGCCAAGUUUCGGCUCCUCUGCAAACAAAAGUACCAAUCACGUUGUGUUAUCAUCAUUCUUCAUGCAGCUCUUUCUCUGACAGAAGCAAGUAUUUCUUGUACCACUAGCGAGUACCGAACGAACAUUUUUGAGAUCGGCCAAGGUCACCAAGGUAGAAACGGAACCCAUAGACGUUAGGCCUCCUGCGGUUGUGGAGCAAAGAGGGAAACUCCUGUGUCCCCAACUCCCGAAAGCUCUACGGGUGUGUCCGUUUUCCAUCUAUACUCCUAUCUAGCAUGCCUGAAUGUUUUAUCCACUAGAUGAUCUCUUACCACUAGCCAAAUAUAACAAGAAUGAAACUCCCGAGAUAAGAGAGUUUGCUGAACAUCUCUUGCAUUCAUUUCGAGGACAAUUUACAUUCGACGCCGACGAGGAUAACCUCCGAGAUGCGUGGAGAGGACUUUCAGAACUGCAGGAGGGUCUUCGUUUCGUCAUUAGCAAGGACUCCCCUCCAAAUGAGGCUACGUCCCGUUGUGUCGUAGAUCGUCUGUUGACGCAGAUCGUGACCGUGGUGGCCAAGACGCAAAGCUCGUAUGCAAUCAGGCCAACCGGUAUCUCCCCCAACAUGAUGUGUGAUGGUCAGGCCUCCUACAAAUUGCCCAUACCAACUAGGAGAGAUAUAAAACAGUUCGCAACGGAUCACAAUAUCCUGGGAAAGGUCAGCGAUCACGCAGCGGAGAUUUUCGAUAUUUUCCUCUGUAUGCUGGCAGUUGAGUUCAAGAUGAAUGAUGAGCAUGUUGCUCACCGUCGAAUUCCCAUAGACUUUGCUACCCCUCUUCGACACCAGAAAUUACUUGCCUUCGCACAGGAGCACAUUACAAGAAUUACAGGUUUCUAUCUGCACGACGAUAUUUAUCACCUAACAUUUUAUCUUGGCGUUCUGGUUAGGCCUCAGUGGUCUUCAUUUCAAAAUAACCUAUUGUAACUGGCCUGCAGGAUAAUCAAGAAUAGGUGCAACAUCAUCAAUCCCGCCGAAUUGUUCCAGGCCCUAUUUCUGGAUACCUACUACAACAUCACUGAAUUCGUCGCUUAUGCAAAGGACUAGCACUUUGAUAAUACUGUGC